GCGGCGAGCACCCCGCAGCUCCGCGCCCCCGCCCGGCCCCGCUCCCCGCGGAAAGUUGGGCUGCGGCGGGCGGCGUUCGGGAAAGAGCGAGGCGGCAUGAGGGGGCACCGAGGGGGCGCCUAAGACACCGGGAAGGCGGCGCCGCGCGAGGGGACAACUUCGCCCGGGAGCCCGCGCCCGCAGCCCCCGGCCGGGGCUCGCGGUGGUUCCUCCCGUCCCUCGCUCGGCCUCCCCCCCGCCGAUCGAGACGCGGCGGACCUUGGUCCCGGCGGCUCCGCGGCGGUGACACGAGCCCGCCUCAGCCGCCGCCUCGGUCUCCUGCCGCGCCGCCACCUUGCCCGCACCAUGGAGUUCUCCGAGAGGAAAAGAAGCAGGAAAUCCCAGAGCUUCAAACUGGUGAGCCGAGAUUAUCACCAUGAGGUGUAUAAGAUCUCAGAAUUCAACAACGAUGUUAAUGGGGAGACCAAAGAGACACAACCCAUUUUUUUAGGAGAUGAAAACAUGGAAAUUAAAAAACAGAUUACAGGGAUGAGAAGAUUGCUGAACGACAGCACUGGCAGGAUAUACCAGCGUGUUGGCAAAGAAGGAGAAAAACUCAAAGAAGAGCCCCAGGAUUUGGAGUUAGUCUGGCCUCAGCGUCUGAACUCCGCUGCCGAGGCCCCGCAGGGCCUCCACCCUUCUUCACGUGGGGCAUGGAAUGAACUACCAACCCAAAGCGGGCAGUUCUCAGGGCAGUAUGGUACCCGUUCUAGAACCUUCCAGAAUCAGCCCCACACCUCUGCAAGUUCCAAUGGAGAACUUCCAGGGGUGAAUUCAUCAGCUGGAUCCAACUGUUGUACUUGUAACUGCCAGUCAACGUUGCAGGCCAUUCUCCAAGAACUCAAGACCAUGAGGAAAUUAAUGCAGUUUCAAGCAGUUGGAACUCAAAACAGACAACAACCCCCAAUUUCCCUUAUAUGCUCCCAGCGAACCGCUGUCUCACGCAAGAGAAAUAAAAAGAAAAAGGUGCUCCCAAAGACUGUGGAACCUGUGACUGUGAAACCAAAGCCCACUCCGUUGGAAAUUGAGAAGAAGCCAGCAGCCGUGGCCACAAGGCCAUCUGGUCUCCAAGCCGCAGAGCACACCUCCACUGAGGAGAGCCACGUCCUGGGAUUUGGCAUUGUUCUCGAAUCGCCUUCCUCAGAUCCAGAAGUGCAACUUGCUGAAGGCUUCGAUGUGUUUAUGCCUAAGUCUCAGCUGGACUCUAUAUUGUCAAACUACACUCGCUCAGGAAGCCUUCUGUUUAGAAAACUGGUGUGUGCAUUUUUUGAUGACAAGACUUUGGCUAACUCCUUACCCAAUGGGAAGAGGAAAAGAGGACUCAAUGACAACCGAAAAGGACUAGACCAGAACAUCGUGGGUGCAAUCAAAGUCUUUACAGAAAAGUACUGUACUGCGAACCAUGUGGAUAAACUUCCUGGCCCAAGAGACUGGGUACAGAUUCUGCAGGAUCAGAUUAAACUGGCCAGAAGAAGGUUAAAAAGAGGCUCAGCAGAGGCAGCUGACGGUGAUGAAAGACUGGACGGCAUUUCUCUACCUCCAACAGGUAGUGUGUUUGUCACCAGGAGAGACACCGUGGAGGACCCAGAGCCAGGUUCCAACGCCUAGACUUGGAUUGUAGCAUACUCUUGCGUUUCCACAAAGGUCCACGGAGGAGUUGAGGUUCCUGCAGUGUGGGUGUUCUGUGGUGGCUUGUCCUGUCUGAAUAAUCUUUGUAACAUGUGGUAUCACAACU